AUGUCACGACCAGAGUGGUGGCCCGGCGAGGACCACGAGGCCUUCACAGAAUGGGCUAUGGAACGCGGUGUCGAAGCCUUUGGCGUCGCCCCAGCCCGUUUCCCAGGUCGCGGACUGGGAAUGAUAGCCACUCGAAAAAUCAAGAAAGGAGAAGCCGUUGUCCAAGUCCCCACCAGCGUGAUCCUGACAAUGGACAAGAUCCCUUCCUCCUUCAAGGACCAGUUCCCCGAAGGCACUGCCGUGCAGACUAUCCUGGCAGCCUACUUUACCCACGGAAGUGAGGAAGAGCUGGCAGAAUACGAACUAUGGCGCAAAGCCUGGCCUACCCGUCAAGAUUUUGAAGAUAGCUUGCCAAUUCUGUGGCCCCAAGUGCUCGGUGGUCUUCAUUGGCCCGACAGUGAAGCAAGUGGCCAAGACAGCGGUCCUACAAGCCAAUCUAACUUCCUUACUCCUUGUAUCUCUGGGCGGUGGAACUCGGUUGACAAGGGGAACCCCUUCAAGCAGUAUGAAAGCGAGCACCGGAAUCUUCUGCUCGGCCAGGAACUUCGUCUAGGCAAGGCGUGGGCAGAUGUCACCACUGCACUGCCUGAUACUGACUGGCGGUCUUUCUCGUAUCAUUGGCUCAUUCUUAACACGAGAAGUUUCUAUUGGGUUGGCGCGGGCCAGGAACCACCUGAAGAUCGGAAUGAUGCUAUGGCUAUGUUGCCUUUUGCUGAUUACUUCAAUCAUUCGGAUGUUGAGUGUGAUGUCAAAUUCGAUCAAGAUGGGUACACCCUGCGAGCAACCGAAGACUACGAGGAGGGCGACGAGGUGUACAUGAGCUAUGGUGGUCACCCGAAUGACUUCCUUCUGGCAGAAUAUGGGUUCUUCUUGGAGAAGAAUGACUCUGACUGCCUUUACCUUGACGAUGUCAUCUUCCGCGACCUCAACACCGCCGACAAGCAAGAGGAGCUGUGGCUGAACCAAUACUACGGUAACUACCAACUGAUUUCCCAAGGGGUCUGCUACCGCACCGAAGUUGCGGCAGCUCUAGUGUACAUGAAUGAAGAGGAUUGGAGGAACCACAUUCUCGAGGGCUCGACCGAGGGGGUGGAUGAGAAGAAGUCGGAAACCAUCAUCAAGGGAUGGAUUCGGACGUAUGCUACCGAGGCGGACGCAACUAUGAAGUCGUUGCAAUCGGCGAUGCAAUCGAAUGCAGUGGUGCAAGCUCAUCGCCAAAAGGGGGAGACGCUGUUGCGGCGAUGGGCUCAGAUCAAGGAGAUCUGCGAGAGCGCCCUGAAGGCCAUUGACCUGUGA